AUGUUCCCCAUCAGAGAGGACAUAGUGUCAAACUAUGCUGGUGAUACAAUCAAUGAAUCAAAUAGUCUGAACACAGCACUAUGCCCAGACAAAAUAAAUAGAACCAGAAAUGGAGACUUGUUGAUAACUAUUUCUAAAAAAAGUGCGGACAAAGGCCAAGGACUACAACAGAUUAUUGCAGGUGUGUUAAAGGAUGAGGCCGAAGUUAUUUAUAAGAGGCACCAAGAAACUAUAGAAAUAAGGGAUAUCCAUGAUGAAACCUCAAAAAUUGAUAUUCAGAUAGCACUACAAAAAGCAAUCGGAGGAGCCUGCAACACACCAGCAGAAGCAAUUAGGAUUCGUAAGGCAUAUAGAGGUACCCAGAUUGCUACUGCAGCUCUUCCAGCGACAAUUGUACACGAUCUGCUCAAAGCAAGUAGCAAAAUACAAAUUGGAUGGGUCAACUGUCAAAUUAAAAUUAUCAAGGAACUAAUCCGAUGCUUUAAAUGCUGGCUAUUUGGACAUUAUGGAUCACAGUGCAAGAGCGAAGUGAAUCGGACUAAUCUAUGCAUUAGAUGUGGACAAGAAGGCCACUAA